AUGAAAAGCAAUAAAGCUGCCUGCCCAGAUGGUAUACCAGCCGAUGUAUAUAAAUUUGGUGGUGAAAAGUUACAAGAACAACUUCAUCAGCUUAUUAUCAAAAUCUGGGCAGAAGAAAAAAUACCACCUGAACCGAAAAAUGCUAAUAUAGUUCAAAUUUACAAGCGAAAGGGUGAUCGGUCAGAAUGUGGUAACUACAGAGGAACAUCACUCUUCAGCACUGCCGUGGUUGAAUUCCAGUGUGCAGAUGACAAUGCCAUAGCAGCACAUCCUCAGGAAGAUCUAAAAACUAUACUGGAUGCUUUUAACUAUGCAUAUACACAACUCGGCUUAAAGAUAAAUGCCAAGAAAACUCAAGUUCUCUUCCAACCGUCUCCAAAAGACACAGUUAAAACUCCACCAUCUAUAAAAACUGGAGAAACAGUCCUGGAGAGCGUGGAUAACUUUACGUAUCUCGGCAGCACUUUAUCUUCUCAUGCAAAUGUGGACGCAGAAGUCAAUUAUCGAAUACAGCAAGCCGCUGCAGCUUUUGAGAAACUCCAGAGUAGAGUGUUUCAAGACCGAGACAUCAGGUUAGACACAAAAAUCAAGGUGUAUAAAGCCAUAGUUGUAACCACCUUACUAUACGGAUCUGAAACAUGGACAAUCUACCGCAGACACAUAGCAGCCUUAGUAAAAGUUCCAGCAACGAUGUUUACGGAAAAUGAUGACCAUAAAGUGGCAAGAUAG